ACGCCCUCCCGGGAGCCCCCCGCGCGUGCCGCGACCAUGGCGGCCGUGCGCGGGGCGCCCCUGCUCGGCUGCCUCCUGGCGUUGCUGGCCCUGUGCCCCGGGGGGCGCCCGCAGACGGUGCUGACCGACGACGAGAUCGAGGAGUUCCUCGAGGGCUUCCUGUCGGAGCUGGAGCCAGAGCCCCGGGAGGACGACGUGGAGGCCCCGCCGCCUCCCGAGCCCACCCUGCGCGUCCGAAAAGCCCAGACCCGGGACAAGUCAGGGACAAGGGCGGGGGCGGCCGCAGAAGCACCUCCAGAAAAGGCCAAAGACAAAGGGAAGAAAGGCAAGAAAGACAAAGGCCCCAAGGCAGCCAAGCAGUCCCUGGAGGGGUCCCCCAGGCCACCCAAGAAGGGGAAGGAGAAGCCACCCAAGGCUACCAAGAAGCCCAAGGAGAAGCCACCCAAGGCCACCAAGAAGCCCAAGGAGAAGCCACCCAAGGCCACCAAGAAGCCCAAGGAGAAGCCACCCAAGGCCACCAAGAAGCCGCUGGCAGGGAAGAAGCCCCCCACCCUGGCCCCGUCAGAAACCGUGGAGUGGCCACUGCCCCCGCCCCCCAGCCCUGGCCCUGAGGAGCUACCCCAGGAGGGAGGGGGGGCCCUUCCAAAUAACUGGCAGGGUCCAGAGGAGGAGACCCGUGCGGAGGCCAGGGAGCAGCAGCCUGAGCCGGAGGAGGAGACCGAGCUGCCCACGCUGGACUACAACGACCAGAUAGAGAGGGAGGACUACGAGGACUUUGAGUACAUCCGGCGCCAGAAGCAGCGCAGGCCGCCCCCGAGCAGGAGGAGGCCCGAGCGGCUCUGGCCGCAGCGCCCGGAGGAGAAGGCCGAGGCCCCGGAGGAGAGGACCGAGCCGCCUCUUAAGCCCGUGCUGCCCCCGCUGCCCCCUGACUACGGGGAUGGCUACGUGAUCCCCACGUACGACGACAUGGACUAUUACUUUCGGCCUUUCCCGCCCCAGAAGCCCGACGCUGAGCGCCAGACGGAUGAAGAGAAGGACGAGCUGAAGAAACCCAAGAAGGAGGGCAGCCCCAAGGAGGACGAGAGCGACAAGUGGGCUGUGGACAAGGGCAAGGACCACAAAGGGCCCCGCAAGGGCGAGGAGUCGGAGGAGGAGUGGACUCCUAAGGAGAAAGUCAAGUGCCCCCCCAUUGGGAUGGAGUCACAUCGUAUCGAGGACAACCAGAUCCGAGCCUCCUCCAUGCUGCGCCACGGCCUGGGCGCACAGCGCGGCCGGCUCAACAUGCAGGCUGGCACCAACGAGGAUGACUACUAUGAUGGGGCGUGGUGUGCUGAGGAUGAUGCAAGGACUCAGUGGAUUGAAGUGGACACCAGGAGGACCACCCAGUUCACAGGCGUCAUCACCCAGGGCCGAGACUCCAGCAUCCAUGACGACUUUGUGACCACCUUCUUCGUGGGCUUCAGCAACGACAGCCAAACGUGGGUGAUGUACACCAAUGGCUAUGAGGAAAUGACCUUCCACGGGAACGUGGACAAGGACACACCUGUGCUGAGUGAGCUCCCGGAGCCAGUGGUGGCCCGUUUCAUCCGCAUCUACCCACUCACCUGGAAUGGCAGCCUGUGCAUGCGCCUGGAGGUGCUGGGGUGCCCCGUGUCCCCCAUCCAUAGCUACUACACACAGAACGAGGUGGUGGCUACUGAUGACCUGGACUUCCGGCACCACAGCUACAAGGACAUGCGCCAGCUCAUGAAGGUGGUGAACGAGGAGUGCCCCACCAUCACCCGCACGUACAGCCUGGGCAAGAGCUCGCGAGGGCUCAAGAUCUAUGCCAUGGAGAUCUCGGACAACCCUGGGGAGCACGAGCUGGGGGAGCCGGAGUUCCGCUACACAGCUGGGAUCCAUGGCAACGAGGCGCUGGGCCGAGAGCUGCUGCUGCUGCUCAUGCAGUACCUGUGCCGCGAGUACCGCGAUGGCAACCCUCGCGUGCGCAGCCUGGUGCAAGACACGCGCAUCCAUCUGGUGCCUUCGCUGAACCCUGAUGGCUAUGAAGUGGCAGCGCAAAUGGGCUCCGAGUUUGGGAACUGGGCACUGGGACUGUGGACCGAGGAGGGCUUUGACAUCUUUGAGGACUUUCCGGAUCUCAACUCUGUGCUCUGGGGAGCUGAAGAGAGGAAAUGGGUCCCCUACCGGGUCCCCAACAAUAACCUGCCCAUCCCUGAACACUACCUUUCCCCAGACUCUACGGUGUCCACAGAGGUCAGGGCCAUCAUUGCCUGGAUGGAGAAGAACCCCUUCGUGCUGGGAGCAAAUCUGAACGGUGGUGAGCGGCUCGUGUCCUACCCCUACGACAUGGCCCGCCCGCCGAGCGAGGAGCAGCUGCGGGCCGCAGCCCUGGCAGCCGCCCGGGGGGAGGAAGAGGAUGAACUGUCUGAGGCCCAGGAGACCCCAGACCACGCCAUCUUCCGCUGGCUGGCCAUCUCCUUUGCCUCCACCCACCUCACCAUGACUGAGCCAUACCGGGGAGGCUGCCAGGCGCAGGACUACACCGGCGGCAUGGGCAUCGUCAAUGGGGCCAAGUGGAACCCCCGGUCUGGGACUAUCAAUGACUUCAGUUACCUGCACACCAACUGCCUGGAGCUCUCCAUCUACCUGGGCUGUGACAAGUUCCCUCAUGAGAGCGAGCUGGCCCGCGAGUGGGAGAACAACAAGGAAGCGCUGCUCACCUUCAUGGAGCAGGUGCACCGCGGCAUUAAGGGGGUGGUGACGGACGAGCAAGGCAUCCCCAUUGCCAAUGCCACCAUCUCCGUGAGUGGCAUUAACCACGGUGUGAAGACAGCAAGUGGUGGCGAUUACUGGCGCAUCUUGAAUCCGGGUGAGUACCGCGUGACAGCCCAUGCAGAGGGAUACACCCCGAGCGCCAAGACCUGCAAUGUGGACUAUGACAUUGGGGCCACCCAGUGCAACUUCAUCCUGGCUCGCUCCAACUGGAAGCGCAUCCGGGAGAUCCUGGCCAUGAACGGGAACCGGCCUAUCCCACACAUCGACCCAUCGCGCCCCAUGACCCCCCAGCAGCGGCGACUGCAGCAGAGGCGCCUACAGUACCGGCUGCGGCUGCGAGCACAGAUGCGGCUGCGGCGCCUCAAUGCCACCACCACUGCGAGCCCCCACACUGAGCCCCCCACGCUGCCCCCUGCCCCUGCCACCACCCUGAGCACUACCCUGGAGCCCUGGGGCCUUCUACCCACCACCACUGCUGGCUGGGAGGAGUCGGAGACCGAGACCUACACAGAGAUAGUGACAGAGUUUGGGACUGAGCUGGAGCCUGAGCUGGAGCCGAGGUGGACCGAGGUAGAGGAGGAGGAAGAGGAGGAGGAGAUAGAGGAGGAGGUGAUGGCCACUGGCCAGGCAUUCCCCUUCACAACAGUCGAGACCUACACAGUGAACUUCGGGGACUUCUGAGACCACAGUCCCAACCAAGGCCCUGGCUCAGCUCAAGCUACAGCAGCACUUCCAGAGCCCGCCACCCGCAGUCACAUCACAUACCAGCACACGGAAUGCCCCCCCAGGUGCGGACCCUGCAAGAAGGGCCAGUCCUGCCCCUUUGAGGGGGCAUAAAUGCGAUCGGGACCCAAGAGCCAGAGUCUGUCUGUGCAGAGGCUCCAGCUUUGCCUGCUGGUAAAGGACAGGUUGCUGCAGCACUGGGGUGGGGGCAGGUCGAGGGAGCCAAAGUCACUAGAAUAAAACAAG